AGUAGCGGACCAGAUAUCAAGCGUCACGGUUGGUCAGCGCUUAGCUUCGAAUACCUUAGCUUAGGGGAAGCAAGCAGAAAGAGACAGUGACAGAAACAGAAACAGAAACAGAAACAGUAAAAGAUAUUCCUUGAGAGAGCAUCGCGUCAUGCAGCUCUAAUUGUAAAUUCAGAAAGUUGAAAUUGUUUGCUUUUUGUAAGCUAAACAAAAAGUCACACUUAAAUACUCAUUCGGCAGCUCAGCUCGUCAAUCGCUGAUGUAGUUCGUAAACUGCAAGCAGCUAAAGGAAAACGGAAUACAACUUAAUAUCCAGAGCCACAAGACGGAAGAAGAAUUUUUUGUAAAAUGCUAAUGAAAACAGCAAAAAUGUGCAUCUUAACAUUUGUAUUUGUUUGCGCUGUUUGGGAAACUGCAACAGCAACGCCCACGGCAACGCCCCCAGUAAUAACAACAGUAACACCAACAGCAGCAACACCAACAGCAACAGCCACAGCAACUUUAACCAUAACAAAUGACUCGCACAGCAGCCACGGCACCAAUGUGGUCAGCGCUUCAGCUAUGGAUCGAAGCGAAGGAGUAGCGAAAACUUUAUCGGAAAUACAAAUUGGAAUUGUGGGAGCUUUGGCCACCUCAACCACGACGUCAACGGCCAUGCCCACCACGACGACAGCAACAGCAGCAGCGGAGGCCGCAACAGCAACAGCAACAGCAACUGCAGCAGCAGCAGCAGCAGCAACUACAGCUGCAACAGCAACGCCAGCAACACCAGCAACAACAACAACAACAACAACAACAACAGCAACACCAGCAACAUCCAUUUCAAACGGAAAUGAAGCAGGCAGACAAAUCAGCAAUUUUGAGGCUGCAACCACGACCAUGGACGGGUAUGCAAAGGCUGACAAAGAAAUCUCGACAACGGAAGCUACAGCCGCCACUGUGGCGGAUGGGUUAAUGACGACAAACGUGCCGCCGCUUGCAUCGCUGGGCAGCAUUUUCGACAGGCUGUAUCGCAUUAAGGAGAGCUCUGAUAUCAGCUCCUCGGCUACACCGCUGGAUAUGCAAAUGCAGGCAGCUGAGUCGUAUCAGGUGGCCGAAACCCUGGCCGAUCUCAACGAGGAGGAGCGUUCGCGCUACGGCGCUAUGUUGGGCCAGCAGCCAGCGAGCCAAAGUAAGCUAAAUAUUGUGGAUUUGUAUCCGGUGCAGCUGGAGGAUUUUCAGCCUGUGGUACGCACGGAUAAUGUAGAGCUGUCCAAGGAGCGUACGGUGUUCAUAGAGCCGGAGAAUGCUGAACAGUAUCGGCAGAAUCUAAUGCCCAACGAGGUGGCUGACUUUGGCUCCAGCUACAAUCCGGCAACAACAAUGAAGACGGCAACGACUCCCAAUGUGGCCACCACGUCGAGCUAUUUCACUGGCAAGCUGCUGGCCGAACAAGAUGAUUUGAUAACCGAAAUCGAGCGAAAGUUCCAAUUAGAGGAAACAACAACAGCUGCGCCACCGACAAGCACCAGCAGCCCUCGACGGACAGAGCUGCCUCAACUGCAGCCGGGGGAUACGUACAUAGAUCGGCGCGUCAAGAAGAGCUUCGAAUUUCCAAUGCAGCAACGGGCUAGCGAUGUGAUGGCCCUGCCGCACAUUGACUUUGCCAAUACCAAGUUCAAUACUGAUGCGAGUGACGGCCGACAGGUCAGGAUAACAACAGCAGGAGGAGCGGCAGGAGUUGUGGCGGGAGCUGGAACAGCCGCUGCCGGCGGGCCCACACAUCCAGAGUUCUCGACCACAAAGUUUUACAACAGUAAAGAGUUGUACAACGAAAUGUUGUUGCAUAAUAAACGAAAGUUAAUGAAUGAAAUUGGGUAUGCGACAGCAGCUCCAAUCGAGACAGCGAGCAGCAUUAUAAAGUCAUCAGAGACCAUGGUUGGACAAAGUUCAGAGCAGCAGCCACGUCAAGUCAUUAGACCAAGCGAAACCACAAACUUGGAACUAAGCAGCUCAACGGAGUCUACAGCGACUACUACCCGGGCCUUGCCUCCUGGCAGACGCGUGACUUUGACGUCUACGGCGCAAACUUUUGAUGGGGCCACAGCAGAGGCGCCAACAACAACAACAACAACAACAACAAUAAGUAAAUUGUCUACUAUGAGACCCAUUAAGGCGGGGCAAGAGCUAAAUCGCGCUAAGUUAUUGUUGAAGACUUUAACCCCGCCCGAUGCCGUCGAACCGCAAUCGGAAAAGCUUGAAGUGGUCUCAGCGAAAAUCAAAAUUACAACAACGGCUGCAAAGCAGAGUCCAGCUGACAUGGAAAAAUCAAGCCAGUUGGCUAAUCUUACAAAAUCGUCCUUAAAGCCAAUUGCUGUGCCGCGCAUUUUAAGUCGCCUCCAGGAGAAAAUCAAUUCACUUGAAUGCGACAUACAAAAUGUGCCGCAGGAUUCGCAUUUGUGGCGUGGAAACGAAACGCACGAGCUUCUCCUGCCAAAUGUGACACCGCAGCACUGCGAACCCGACGAGCCCUGUACUCCUAAUAAGCUGACGUGGGAGGGCGAAGCUGAUAUUCAAUCCGGGGACAUUUUAAUUGUGGAAAUUAACGAUGCCAAACUGAGCACGGAAAGAGUGCAGGACAACAUUAAAAGCCAAAGCGCUGCGCAUGCUGCACAGGUCUAUCAGGUAACUCGUUCCGGGCACGAGCAUUGCGAUGUCACCGAGGGCGUACUACUGGAUAUAACGCCUCUGGUGGUCGACGGCAGGAAGCUGGUUACGCUCUACGAUAAGGACCUCACGGAGGGAGUUAACUUGUUAAUUGUGGUGUCCGAGCUGUGGGGAGAGCAGUGUGUACGCCUAAAGGUGACCACAAAAACCGACAAUUGUGGCGAGAAUGCCGAUUGCUCCGGCAAGGGCGUCUGCUAUUCGAACGCCAUGAUGGAGGAGUAUGAGUGCCAGUGCUGCGGCGGUUUUGCGGGUCCACAUUGUGAGGAAAUUGAUGCCUGCAACCCCAGUCCGUGCACCAACAAUGGCAUCUGUGUGGACCUCUCGCAGGGCCAUGAGGGCAACUCGUAUCAGUGCCUGUGCCCGUACGGCUAUGCGGGCAAGAACUGUCAAUAUGAGUCGGACCUGUGCAAUCCAGCCGAGUGCAUGAAUGGCGGCAGCUGCCUCGGCAACUCAACGCACUUUCGCUGCGAUUGUGCACCUGGCUACACGGGCCCGCUCUGCCAGCACAGCCUAAACGAAUGCGAGUCCUCGCCCUGUCUGCAUGGCAUUUGUGUGGAUCAGGAAGAUGGUUUUCGUUGCUUCUGUCAGCCAGGCUUUGCGGGCGAGCUGUGCAACUUUGAAUAUAAUGAAUGCGAAUCGAAUCCAUGUCAGAAUAGCGGCGAAUGUAUCGAUCACAUCGGCAGCUAUGAGUGUCGCUGCACAAAAGGUUACACGGGCAAUCGUUGCCAAAUAAAGGUUGAUUUCUGCGCCAAUAAGCCCUGUCCCGAAGGACAUCGUUGUAUUGAUCAUGGAAAUGACUUCAGCUGUGAAUGCCCAGGAGGUCGCAACGGACCGGAUUGUAAUCAAAUGCCACGAACGUAUUUUCAGCAAUGUAGCGUGAAUCCCUGCACCCAUGGCGGCACCUGCUGGUCGAGCGGCGAUAGCUUCUACUGUGCCUGUCGCCCCGGCUACACGGGCACUAUGUGCGAGGAUGAGUUUGUGGUGGAGACCGUCGUCAGUUCGAGCGAAUUUAUUGUCGACGACGCGAAUGCCAGAAAUUUUAAUGACAAAACUUUUAGUUCAUCGGUUGUGCUUAAAAGUCCCAUUGAAUUGCAUAAUGCAUAUUUUGCGGCUGGUGUUCUGGCGGCCGCAAUUUUCAUCGUUGCCAUUGUGGUCACAAUAUGUCACUGCAACGUGAAUCAAACGUACCGUAAGUUCUCGACGCGUUCCACUUCGUUUAUACCCAUAUUGGGGUUCACUCGCCGGCCCAAGAUGCAGAGCACACUCAAUAAGCAUUGGCUAAGUGGCAAGGCGCUCAAUGAUCCCGCUGCAGGGGCACAGCGUGACGCCAGCUUUGCGGCAUCCAGCAGCAGCAGCAGCAAUCUGGCGCAGCAGUCGACGCGCCAUUUGUCCUCGAAACCAAAUGGCAGCAGCCACCACACACAGACAACCCUCGGUGGCCAGCUGCACGAGAGGCCUUUCCAAAGGCAUCUGGCCAUGAAUAUGGAGAACGACAUGUACUAUACGGUGGACUUCAGUGAGAGCUCCUCACAGCAAUUGCCGCUAAUACAGUGAGAAUUGCCUACAGCAACAGCCACUGGAACUGGAACUGGAACUGCAACUGGAACUGCAACUGGAACUGGAACUAGAACGGCUGCGGCCGACGACGAUGAUGUGCGCUGGUUAGUUAAAUUUACGAAGAAGCUUCCAACACAUUAGUAGAAAUCGAAGCUCACUUCUUUGUGCUACUCUAGCAAUAAAAGUUGCCAGUACUGACAAUAUGAACAGUAUUGAUAUUAUUAAAUGGAAACAUUAAAGUUGCGAAUAAAUAAAACUUUGACUUAGGCUAAUAUAAUAUGAUAAUUACAUGAUAAUAUCUGCUAAAACUGCUUGUGUAAUUAUUUUCUAACUGACUCAAAUCGAGAAAUACUCUGCAUAGUCUACCGAAAAAGGGGAGUUUUGAGUUUGAGAAUGCUUUGAGGCUACCCAAAAUGCAAAAUACGAUUCAAUUCACAUCAGAGCGAGAGUUUUUAAAACAACUAAAAUACUUAAUAUAAUUUAGCACGUUUAAUUUUUCUAUAUUGUAGAGCUGCUAUUGAAACAUUUUCAUAAAUUAAUUUGCAAAAUAUGCUCAUUAAUAUGCUCAUUAUAGCUGCUUAUGUUUUUAGCACUGUUUCAAUGGGCAAAUAAAUAUUCAAUUAAAAUUAACCGCAUUGAUCAAAUUUCAUUAUUUGUGUGCGAAAUGAAUAGAAAACAAACUAAUAUACAAUUACACAGGCUAACAAUUCUUUUUAUUUUUUAUUUUUAUAUUUAUCAUAUCGAAAUCGAAUAUGAAAUGAGACUAAUUCUAUUUUAUGAGACUUUUUACAGUUCGAUCAAAUUUUAAAGCUCAUUCAUAUAGACAAAUUUUUGUUAGAGAACAAACUAUGCAUAUAUACGAAGUUUCUGCUUUCCCCUCUAAUAACUUUUCCAAAAAAAUUUUUUUUCCAUCAAGAUAUCACAAAUUUCAUCAAAAAUCCAUUUUUCGCGCACAUCUCUGUUUCAGUAACAUACAAAAAUAUUUUGUACAAAAAAACUACGGUAAAAAAAAAAUAUACAAAAUAUGCUGUACUGCUUCAGAGCCUCAAACGUGCUCAAAAUUAUUUUGGUUUUUGGUGCAUUUGAGUGAAAUAUACCUAUACAUAUAUAUGCAUACUAAUCUAAUAGAAAUCCAUACCUUUUCGUUUCAUAUUCAUGAGAUGCAAAAUCUAUGUAAAGGUUUUUUGCUUUGGCUACCAAAUCCUGUUGGCCUGUGUUAGGCUUUGUCACUCGGCAGAGAUUAUUGUAGCUAAUUGUUGAGUCGCAUGGAGAGCGGAAUGUACAUUAAAUGGAAGCUAAUGGCUAGCAGCAUAAACAUAAGCUCUAAUUAAAUAUUAAUUAACAUAAAUUAAAAACCAUGCCAAAAAUUGUUUGUUAUUUUUGUUUGGUUUGCGGCUAAUGCGUGUGUUUUGUCCAUUUUUGUUAGCAUAAUAGCUCUGAUUAUACAAAAGUAUAUAUAUAUUUGUGUGUGUGUAUGUGUUGCUCUUAGUUACGUAGAGCAUAUUGUUGUAAAUUUUCACUUUGUUCAAGAGUGGAAAACAAAUGGCUUCAAAAAUCAAAUAAAACAAUAUUAAAUUAAAGUUAAAUGAAAAUUUGUAUGUUUCUGAAAUGAAGUUCGCAAAUAUAUACAUACAUAUACAUAUAGGUAUAUAUUUAUAUAUACAUGUGUGUAAGGUCUUGGAUUCUCAUAUUUGUAUUCUGACAGAGAUGCAGCUUCAGCUAGAUUAAAAAUCAUUGGAGAAAUUUUCCUCUGCUUUUUCGUUAAAGAAAUAUC